AUGUUAACUUCAUUUUCAAAAUCUAAGAAAGUUGCUAAACAAUUACCAAAAUCAAGUAAAUCAACAGAUUUCAAGUCAUACAUGUCUAAACAACAUUCCAUGGGGUUUCGGGCAUACCAAUCUUGCGAAAAUGAUGAUAUGGAAUGGAGAAACCAGAUAACAGAAUGUCCUGUUUAUCAUCCUUCAACGUUGGAAUUUCAAGAUCCGUUACGAUAUAUACAGAAUAUUGCACCACAAGCAUCAAAAUAUGGAGUAUGCAAGAUUGUUCCUCCCAUGAUUUCAAGUGUUCCUACUGGCGUCGUGAUAAAGAAUGAGAAACCAGGUUUCAGAUUUAUUCCUAAACUGCAGCCUCUACGGGUUGCAAAAUGGACCAAAAACGACAAGAACACAUUCUUCAUCAGCAAUAAAAGCUAUACUCUUAAUGAUUUUGAGGUCAUGGCAAAUAGGGUGUGUGCUAGUAAAUAUUGUUUAUCCGGAUGUCUUCCGUCUGCAUACAUUGAAAGGGAAUUUUGGCGUGAGAUGACGAGUGGCAAGAAGGGUACAGUUGAAUAUGGAGUGAAUGUGGAAGGAAGUGCAUUCUCAUCUUGUUCCGAUGAUCAUCUUGCAAAUAGCAAUUGGAACUUGAAGAAACUUCCAAGGCUGCCAAGAUCAGCACUUCGUUUGGUGGAAAAGGCCGUUCCAGGAGUGACUGAUCCCAUGUUGUAUAUUGGAAUGCUCUUUAGUAUGUUUGCAUGGCAUGUUGAAGAUAGCUAUUUGUAUAGUAUAAACUAUCAUCAUUGUGGGGCACCAAAAACAAGGUAUGGAGUUCCUAGUAGUGCCGCUAACGAGUUUGAGAAGGUAAUACAACAUCAUGUUUACGCUACAGAAAAUUUAUCAACAGAAAAUUUAUCAACUGAUGGACCAAAUGGAGCUUUCGAGAUGCUUGCAGAGAAAACGACUAUGUUUCCUCCAAAGAUCUUGUUGCAGAACCAUGUCCCGGUUUACAAAGUUGUGCAAUUACCAGGGGAGUUUGUCAUCACCUUUCCUAGAGCAUACCAUGCUGGUUUUAGUCAUGAUAAAGAGCUUUCUGAUUGCUAUUGUGGGAGAUCCUGUCUUCUUUCUAUUAGAGUCAAUCUACCCAAAAUGAAAAUUGUAGCAAAAAAGUUUGGCGAACAGAAACAACCUGGCGUCAAUCGACAUCACAAGCAUCACAAUGGAUUGGGUUGGGUUGAGUACACAGAUUCAAAGACUUGA